AUGGGUGACAGAUGUCCCAAAGAUCCGACUAGGUUUUUUUGUCUCAUCUGUAAUCAAGACUAUUCUUGUGGAAAUUUUGAAAUAAAACGGCACGCCAAAACUGAUUCACACCUAAAAAAUUUGCGUGUUUCGAAUCUCAGUGCUGAUUCACCAAGCGAUGCCAAUUCAUCUUCACCUGAACUGGAUUUUAAUGAUCGUGUUAAAGCAGCUGAAAUUCGAUUUGCGACUUUUAUAGGUGAAGAAAAUCUACCCUUGUCAAUCGCUGGAGACUUGUUUCAUUUAUUCCAGUUCAUUGGUCAAGAACCUGCUGUUUUACAGAACAUGAGUGCGAGUAGAACCAAAGUUACUGCAAUUAUCAACAACGUCGUCAGCGUUAAACAAACACAAGAAGUCGUAGAAGUUCUCCAAAAAUCUAAGUUUUCGGCUUAUGUUGACGAGACUACUGAUAACACAAACGACAAACGGAUGACGUUGAUGACUCGCUAUGUUGAUCCAGAUUCUUUGAUGAUAAGGACUAAGUUAAGACAAUUAAUUCACGUUGAUGCCACCGACUGUUGCGCUACGAAACUUCUUGAGGAAUUUACAAAUGGUUUGGAACAAAAUAAAAUUCCCCUGGAUAAUUUAAUUGGACUUGCUUGUGAUAAUGCACCAGUCAUGGUUGGUAUAAAUAAUUCAUUCCAGAAGCAUUCGACCAAACGUCUUCCACAUCUUUUGACAAUACCAUAUAUAUGUCAUUCUUUAGCGCUCAUUGCUGGAGACGCUUGCAAAGAUGCGAUUCCAGCUGAAAUCGAUGAAAUUAUCUCAGGAAUUCCGAACUUCGUCAAUGGUAGUCCUAAACGUUUAGCUGAAUUUGCUAUUCUUCAGGAGGGUUUUAAUCAAGAAUCUAAACUUUUGCGAUUUGCUCCGACAAGGUGUUUGUCUCGUCAAAUCGCAAUUUCUAGGAUUUUGGAUAAUUUGGACGCGAUGCUUUCUUAUUUGACUGAACAAUCUCUUAUGAAUAAUGUUGCAGUUGCAACAAAAUUGCUUAGUAUCAUGGGUAAUCCCGUGACAAAAGCAUAUCUGCUUUUUUUAAAAUUUUGCACUCGACUCUUUGGAAAAGAUGAAUGCACAGUUUCAAUCCAGUGA